AUGGGCGUGACAAAGACAAUCCUUAAGAAUGGCGACGGAAUAAACUUCCCAAAACCACCGGACACAGUCGAAAUGCACUAUAAUGGCACUCUUCCCGUUGGAACCAAACUCGCCGAUGGCACGGUUACGACAGAGGAAAAAAAAUUCGAUUCUUCUGUUGACCGUGGGGAGCCCUUCUGUACCAAGAUUGGUGUUGGGAAGGUUAUCAGAGGUGAGCCCAUUGCCCGCCGUCGUCUACUUCACAUUCAGAGGAACCCCCACUGGUACCUGCUACGAUCUGUUUCCGUCGCCACCUUCCUUCUUUGGAACGCAAGCAGCUAG